CGUGGCAAUUCUGUUUUCUUGCACUUUCUUGCCCUCUCUCUCUCUCUGAACUCGAUCGGCAGGUUCUAUCCCUCCCUCCUCUCUCUUGGAGUCGAAUUCCUUCCCGAGAAAGGUAAUCGUUCUUCUCCUUUUCCGUGUCAAAUUCCUAUCCGGAAGAAGGCUUCAUCCGCGAGGAUUCGAUUCCAAGAGAUCCAUUGUUUUCCUUCACGAUUUUCCCAUCUAUGCUUAAUAGGGUUUCAUUGUUCAUCGCCGUGGAAAUCAAUUUGCUUUGAUUUUUAUUUUCUUUCUGGUCAUCACACUCUCAGGUUUACCUUUUCCUACUCCUGUCUUCAAUCUUUCUUGUUACAUUUGUUCUUUUUCCGAAUCCGUUGGUUUUGUGGUUCUUCAGACUCCGGAUUAUGUUAAUUGUAGGGGAAUAAAGAAAAAUUGAAAACGAUAAAUUGUAGAAUUAGUUUGAGUCAAUUUCAAAGCAAAGGAAAACAUCGUCGUUUCUGAACAUGUAGAUAACUGAUCGACGAGAUUGAUUAUCGUUUACCUCUGUCAAGCUGAGACUUUUUUCUUUUUUCCGCAAGAAGCUCUAAAAUUCUGGUGCGUUGUUUUAGUUUGCCAUCCAAAAUUGAGGGUUUCUUGAUAUUAUUCCUCACGACUUCUCUUCCUCUUCUUCUCUUUCUUUUUUAUUUUUCAUGCCUUUCACCUCUCUUUCAUAAUUCUUCGGAGAAUAUUGGUAGCUUAGGGUUAUAGCUUUAGGGUGGGGUAGAUCUUUGAUGGCUCUUAAUUUUUCUCGUCGUCCUACAUUUCCCCUGCACUUUUCUGAGGACAGUUUAGUUUCACCAAUGAGGAUUGCCAAUGGUUACAUUGUCGAAGGCAUUCAUGAGAAUAAUACCGAAAGCUGUGGGAAGUCGUGGCAUCAUGGCCGGGAGGUGGAUGAUUGCUUUGAUCAUGGAAGGGAUAUGUGCCCAGAUAGCUCGCAGGACCCUGUCUCCAAGGACAUUCUUGAUCUUUUACCUGCGGAUCCCUUUGGCAUGGAUAUAAGUACCACUUUUACAGCAAUUACUGGAUGGCUCGAGGACCUGGAAGUGGACUAUGCUGGGUGUGUCAGCGAUGGGGGUGAUGCUGGUGAAGGGAAUAUCGAGUUAUUCGCAGGUCUGAAUUUUUUUUGGAACAAUGCUUUGAAGUUUCAAGCGUUUCCGGAAAUUAAAGGAAUUGGUCAGAAUCCUGAUCAAAUUUGUAGCUAUGAUGGGUGUCUGAAUGGAAAGGGAACUGAAGGUGCAAGCUGCUGUUGUGAUUUUGAAUCUAUCUGUAGUAUGGAUGGAGUAUCGUUUGCUAAUAACGAUCCUCCUAGCUUUACUGGGCAGCAGGCUGCGGAGUGUCAGGAGCAGAAUUGCAUCUAUCCGGAGGUAGAUGGAGGAGCUCCUCAUGCAGCCUUGAACUUUGUCCUUUAUUAUCUGGGUGUUCAGGAUCUACUCUCUGUUGGAAGGGUUUGCAGAUCUCUGCAUUCAGCAGUAAGAGAAGACCCCCUUAUAUGGAGGCACAUACACAUAGAUCAACCGUUGAAUGAGAAGAUUACAGAUGACAUUCUUUUGCUAUUAACUAAUAGGGCUCAGGGUAGCCUGCAAUGCUUGAGUCUGCUGGAAUGCCCAGGAAUUACUGAUGACGGUCUGAAGCGUGUGCUUGAAAGCAAUCCUAGGCUUACAAAAUUGUCUGUUCCUAGAUGUACUAGACUCAGUAUUGAAGGUGUUGUUAGUAGCUUGAGGGCUUUCAAGCUGAUUGGUACCCAAGGAGUGAAACAUCUAAGAAUUGGUGGAUUAUAUGGGUUGACCCUCGAGCAUUUUGAAGAGUUGAAGUUCUUAUUGGGAACUGAACGCAGCGCUAUGCAGCAAAAUUCUUACAAGCCACAUUUUUAUCACAGGGGAAACUUUUAUGUGUCUUGUGAUGAUGACCGUCCUAUUGAUAUUGAAAAAUGUCCAAGAUGCCAAAAUCUGAGACUUGUUUAUGAUUGCCCAAUAGAGGGUUGUCAGGGAAAGGAACAUGUAACUCAGGCAUGCAGGGCAUGUACGCUUUGUAUAUUGCGGUGUGUCCAGUGUGGUCGAUGCAUCAAUGAAAAUGAGUAUGUGGAAACAUUUUGUUUGGAAUUGCUCUGCUCAGAUUGCUGGAAGCCAUGUCAAGAGAAACGGGAUUGGGAGGAGGAUCAGCCUGCACCAUUUUAUCUUGAGGAACAGAGAGAUGGGUUUUAUCUUCAUGGCUAGAGGAGUAAUGCGGGUUGACUUCUGAUAAUUCUUGGUGUGGAUCAUGGAUGUGAGUUGCUCAAUUGCCUUGAUUAUAAACAAAACUAAAAAAGAAUGCUAGAAUCAUCAAGUUUAUGGUUCCUGUUCUAUUUAAUCUUGGCUCUAGAGUCAGCCUCCUUCAGGUUUUGUUUUUGGCAGGCUGCACUGUUAAUAAUCCAGUGUCGGAGGGGGAACUUCAAGAGAAUAAAUAGUAAAUGCAAAUCAGUGAGGCAUGGAAUAAGACGAACAGUCUCUUGUGCUGCUGAAGGCGUUUCAUUAUCAUCCUUUCAUGUGCAUGUAGAGUCAAUCGAGCUUAGAUGAAGAUCUAUGGGUAGUAUCUUAAUCGUACUGUUAAUGAUGAAUGGUGUAGAUAUGGUAAUGCUCGGCUCCAUCAGUACCAGUCUUACUUGGAAGCCAGAUGGGGUGGAGAUAUUGUAGAAAUCAAGGGGAGGAUGUCUUAUCUAAUACGGUGUUAAUCUCACAUGGAUGCACUCUGCCUUGUCUAAUCUCAGUUGAGGCUAUGAAGAAGGGAACACAGGCUGAUAUUGGUCGAUUUCCAAGUCCUGGUAUCUGCAUAAUGCGAGAAGUUUCAUGAAUUAAGAUGCGGUUGAUCUAUGAGGUUCUAUUGGAUGGAGUUUUUUAUUGGCCAUGUGCAUUCUUAGGAUGUGACCUCUCUGUUACAGCCCGAAUAAUGGGGGGAUCAGUUCCUUAUCAUGUGUUUUAUGCAAUUUAUCAAAGUCGCUUCCAGUGCCCUUUCAAGCCGCGCACCAGACCUCACCUCGCAAUUUGAUUUGGUGCUUGGAUCCUCGUUUCUUCAUCCGGCAGUACUUUUGCUUGUUCUGAUUCUGAAAUAUAUGAAAUAAACAAUAAACAUUGUUAUUAUAUCUGUGAAAGUCGUAUUUUCUCUUGCUAGACCAGUUUUAGCGUCAUUAUCACCGGGGAACUUCCUCAGGCCUGUAUCUUAUGGUUAUGAUUUAUGAAAUGGAAACUUUGUUCUAAAAAA